UUUAUGCAUUCAUAAAUUAAUUAAAUUAAAAUCAAACAGCAAAUUAAAAAUAAAACAGACAACUUAAAAAUGAGAAUUUUAAAAAAAGUAGACUUGUUUGGCUCACCAUUCGCUUUUGAAAUGGGAACUGGAAACGAUAAAAUGAAAACUAGUUUUGGUGGUUUACUAACAUUAAUAAUUAUUUCAGUUUCUUUACUAUAUUUUGGAUAUCUCAAUUAUAUGUUUUUCGAAGGAAAUUUUUAACCAAAAAUAUCUGCUCAACAAAAAAGACUCACAAAAAAUUUUAGUUUACCUAUUUUACCAGACUUACUAUGGUUUGAUAUAAGAAAUCUAGAUACAGACGAAACUUUAAUGCAGAAAUAAAAAUUAUUAGGAUAGUAAUUUAUUUCCUACAAAGCCUACCUUUAGUAGAGUGAUUCAAAAGGAAACAGAGUUAACGAUAUCUAAAUUCCAGUAGAUUUCUGUUAGAACUUAAUAACAAAUAAUGAUUAGGUUGAUCCUAAUUCUUAAUGCUUAGAUUUUUCAAGUUUGAGUAAGGAUUAGGCUAAAUUUUAAGUAUUCGCUGCUUAUGGAUUCGAUACAAAGAUAUAUAUAGAGGUAGAUGCAGUAUGUAGCGGAGAUCUGAAUACAUGUUUGAAUUCUGAUCUUUUUGAUUAAUAUGUAUUUGGAGAUAGCGCAUCUUUUAUUAUGACAGUUAAAGAAGAAUAAUUUGAUUCAGAUUAAAAGAAACUAGACAUUAAAUUAGUGGAUCUUUCAUGGGAUUUAGAUCCUAGUUUAAUAUAAACAUCUAAGGUUAUUCUUUAAUCAACAUAAACAACUGUUUAAAGUGGUUUUAUCUUAUAAUAGUAAACUAAAUAUUUACACUUCUCAGAUGUGAACAAUAAUAAUAACUCAUAUAAAACUAGAGAUUCAACUUCUACUAUAAAAAAAUCUAUAAUUGCUAGAUUUUUUAUAUCUUUAAGCUCAACAUAAUACAUACAAAAUAUAUAAUAUGCUUAAUACCCUGAAAUUUUGGCAUAAUUUGCUAGUAUUCUAAAUGUGCUUCUUUUGUUUGGAGUUUUAGGUGCAAUUAUCGCUAAAACUGAUAUUUAUUAAUAUUUUAUAGACUUUAAACUGAAAGAAUAUUACAAAUUAACAGCUUUCAAAAUUUUAAGACAGCAAAAUGAAGGAAUAGAUAAAGGUGAUAUUACAUCUAAAGAAAAUAAUAUCCAAGAUUUUAAAUUAACCAAAGAUAACAUUGUUAAAUCUCUCAAAGAGCUGGAUGAAAAAGAUUUCAAUAAGGAAUUAACAAAAAAAUUUAAAGUUUCAUUUUUAGAGAGAGCUUUUAGAUCAUUUAUAGGUGUAGAGAAAGAAGAUUAUAUGAAGAAAAAAAGAAGUAAUAGAGAUUUAUAUGAAGCACUGUUUUUCUAAGCUUCUCAGUCUUAGGAUGUAUUUGAAUUAUAAGCGGAAAUAAUGAGAAUAAAAAAAACCUUAGCUCUCAUCUUGACUCCUCAACAAUAUGCAGCAAUAAAGUGUUGUGGAACUAGCUUGAAUGACUAGAUUCCUUUCUUGCUUCAAAAAAGUGACAAUGAUGAUAACAAUUCUAAUAAGGUGGUGCCUUAAACUGAUAAAAACUCUUUAAUCGAAUUAGGUGAAAUCGGGUCAUAAGUUUAGCUUGUUAAUGAAAAAAAUUUUACUCACAUAGAACUGAUAGAUAAAAUAGACUAUGAUGAAUAGUAUUUUUAGAGGCAAUUAGAUAGCUUUUUAUAAGAAUCUGAAAAAGGAUUUAUAAAUUAUGAUGAAUCAUCAAAAAGAAUGAAUACACGUUUAUUAGAUUGUUUAUAUAAAACAUAUGGGUAUUAUAAUAAGUCUUCAUAAAGUAUUGAUUUAUAGUGUUGAUUUUUUUUAGUUUUUUUAUAAUGUAUUAUACUGACAAAUAGAAAAAUUUAUUAAUCUUCAAUGAAUUAACAAUGAAUUUAGUUUACAAUUUUAUUAAAAAUAAAAUAAAAAUUUAAAAUGAUUUUAUUUAUUUAUUAAUUAAUUUUAAUCAACACAUUAUAUCCUCUAGCAUUUAAACCCAUAUGGAAACUCCAAUCACCAAGCUAGAUUCAUCAAUAGUAAAGAAAGGAGAAUGAUGAGGUCUAAGUGCAAUAGUCCCAUCAUUAAUUAAUGAAUUUUAAGGAGCACUUCCUAUACAAAAGUAGCAACUAGGUUUUUAUAAGCUGAAAAAUGAAAAAUCUUCACCAGCUAAUCCAAAAUCCUUUUUUUUAAGGUUUGAUUCUCCAACGACCUUUUUUAUACUCUCAAUUGCAAGCUCGUAACAUUUUUAAUCAUUUAUUGUUGCAGGAUAUAGCUUUUUAAAUACCAAAUUGAUUUUGCAAUCAUAAGAAAUAGCAAAUCCAUUGCAUAAUUAAUUCAAUCUUUCUUCAAAUAAACUCUGUGUUUUCUAAUUAAAUGAUCUAACAGUUCCUAUUAUUAAUUUUAUAUAUUUUUAUUUUAAAAACUAAAUCGUAAUUAAUUUGUUAAUAGUUUUAUUUAAUGUUAUCACCUUCAAUUCUACAUUUUGAUGC